AUGGAACAAGAACUUGAACUUUCAGCUGUCAUUGGAUUUUAAGGUAUCAAUUUCACUCGCAAAUGUAUUAAUUCUCCUGUAGGCAAGGUCAUUAGCGGACUUCUUCUACAUCCUGAUAACGAGCAUAUAAUUUAUCCUUUGGGAACAACGAUCGUGGUGAGGCACAUCAUCUCGAGGUCUCAACAAUUUCUCAGGGGCCACGAUAAUGAUAUAUCUGUAAUUUCUGUUUCAAAUACUGGCAAGUACUUGGCUAGUGGACAAAAAACACACAUGGGAUUCUAGGCUGACAUCAUAAUUUGGGACUUCGACUCACUUCAAAUGAUUCAAAGACUCAAGCUCCACAAAGUUCUCAUCCAGAGUCUAGCCUUUUCGCACAACGAGAAAUACUUAGCUUCACUUGGUGGUCAGGACGAUAACACACUCGUCAUUUGGGAUAUUGCGACAGGUAAAGCUCUAUGUGGUAACCCCGUUGGAACCAACACUGCUAACUAAAUUACUUUCUUCAAUAAUUCUGACUCUAGACUCUUGACUAUCCAUAACUAUGGCCUCAGAUUGUGGAAUGCUGAUCUAGUCAACAAAAAGAUCUAGUAUUAAGAUGUCAACAUGGGAUCUAUCAAGAGAAUUUUCACUUGCUGCACCAUUGAUCCCUCAGAUCAACUAGCUUUCCUUGGAACAAGGACUGGAGAUAUUGUUGAAAUUUCUCUAGACAGAGCACUAUUCAAGAGAAUCGGACCAGUCAAGAGAUUAUUCUCACAGGGAAUCAACUGCGUUAAUCUUUUAUCAAACGGGGACUUAUUGGUUGGAGCAGGAGAUGGAUCUAUUGCUAAAAUCGGUUUCAAGGACAUGCUUGUUAAGUCAGAGGCAAAAGUUAUGGGAUCAGUUACAUCAGUCUCAUUGACUGCUGACUCAACUCACUUCUUCGCAGGUACCUCAAAGGCAACAAUCUAUUGGUGCGAUACUGAUAAAAUUAAUCCAGAGCUAAGAAACACCUGCCACUAUGAAAGAAUUAAUUCAAUUGCUUUCCCAUAUGAAUAUUCUGAACUCUUCGCAACUUGCUCGUUAAAUGAUAUCAGAGUAUGGAACAUGAAGACAAGGCAAGAAUUGCUAAGAAUUGAGGUACCAGGCCUAGAGUGCUUCUGUGUACACUUCAUGAAUGAUGGAAAGAGCAUUUUGAGUGGUUGGAACGAUGGUAAAGUCAGAGCCUUCCUUCCAUAAUCAGGUAAACUUUUCUACGCCAUCAACGAUGCUCAUAACCACGGAGUAACUGCUCUUGCACCAACCAACAACUGUCAAAGAGUAGUCUCUGGAGGUAUGGAAGGUGAGGUCAGAAUCUGGAGAAUCGGAAAAUAAACUCAAGUUAUGGAGGCUUCCUUAAAGGAACAUAGAGGCAGAGUAGCUGAUAUUAAGAUUAAUAGAGCUGACACUCAAGCAGUUAGUGCUAGUUAUGAUGGAUCAUGCAUUAUUUGGGACUUGAAGACUCACACUAGAAUUAUGUGUCUUUUCGAAUCAACUAUGUUCAAGCAAGUAGUUUAUCAUCCCGAUGAAUCGCAACUUCUUACCACUGGUUCAGACAGAAAGAUCACUUAUUGGGAUUGUUUUGAUGGACAAGCAAUUCGUAUGUUGGACGGAUCUGACACUGGAGAAGUAAACGCUCUUGCCAUCACUAAAUAGGGUGAGCAUUUCGUUUCAGGAGGAGAGGACAAGAAAAUCAAGCUAUGGGACUACGAUGAAGGCAUCAGUUACUAUCAAGGUCUUGGUCACUCUGGAAAUAUUACAAGAAUCGCAAUUUCCCCAGAUCAAAGAUUCAUCGUCAGUGUGGGUGCUGAGGGAGCUAUUUUCAUCUGGCACACUCCAGAUAGAAUAUAAAAUUCAAUGGCUGAUAGAGAUAUGCCUCAACGUAACUGA